CCCUGGCAUUAUUUUUUCAGGUAGAAAAGGAAUCUUCAAAACACAAUCAGGAUUACAGAUAGCAUAUUUGAGUGGAGUGGACAAAUCUGAUGCUCCAGAGGAAGGUUGUCAUUUUACUUAUGAUGAUGUGACAUCGUUAGAGUCUCUGUGCGAGGAUGAAAGUUUUAAAGGGUUGGACAUUUUCAUCUCCUCAUGUUGGCCAAGAGNGAAUGCUGCAUAUUAUUCUUUUGUUAAAGAAGGCGUUGAUCCUGACAGCUGUGGUUCAAAGUUAGUGUCCAGGCUGGCAGAGACCCUGAAGCCAAGGUACCAUUUUGCUAGUCGCGAGGGAGUCCAUUAUGAAAGAGCACCUUACAGGAACCAUCAAGUGUUACUAGAGGCUGCCCAACAUGUGACAAGAUUCAUUGCUCUUGCCCAAGUUGGGAAUCCAGACAAGAAAAAGUACAUGUACGCAUUCAAUAUCGUACCUAUGGCGUCCGUGGACAAGAACGAACUCGUCAAACAGCCGCCAGACGUCACGGAGUUUCCUUACAGGAGAGUGCUUACUGGUGGUGACGUGAACACAGCUGACAAGCGAGGCAAUGUUCAGCAACAAGCCACAACGGCCGGUCAGAACUUCUUUUUUGACAUGAACAACACAGGAAGGCCGCAGGGACCUGGAAACAAACGACACAGGGACUAUCAUGGUAAGCAGUGGGCAACGAUCACGCCUUUCUGGCGUGACGCGAAAAAAAUCGCGAGAGAAUUUCAUCUAUAUUUUGUAUUUUCGUUCCCAGCUCCCAUUAAGGGUCCCUGUUGGUUCUGUCUGGGAAGUCCUGAGGUCGAGAAACAUUUGGUGGUCAGUGUAGGAGAUGAUUCUUAUGUAGCCUUGGCCAAAGGGGGUCUGGUACCUGAUCACGUGCUGAUCUGUCCCAUCGCCCAUUUCGAGUCAACAGUGAAAUUGACAGAGGAAGUUCUCAUGGAAAUUGAAAAAUACAAGAGAGCUCUUCGAAAAUUAUUCCACAGUGAAGGGAAAUCCUGUGUUAUCUUUGAGAGGAAUUUUUACACGCAGCACCUCCAGCUCCAGGUGAUACCAAUACCUCGCACGGAUGUGGAAGAGUUAAAGGAUAUUUUUAGGGAACACGGAGAUUCUAGUUCCUUAGCGAUGAGGGACGUGGCGGCCAACACAGAGCUCAAGCAGGUUGUGCCAAUAGGAGCGCCUUAUUUUGUUGUUGAAUUUGAUAACGAGGAGAGACUGCUUCACAGAGUCUCACUGAAGAUGCCUCUACAGUUUGGAAGGGAAGUUGUCGCCAGUCCCUCUCUUCUCAACUUACCCGACAGAGUGAACUGGAAAGAUUGUAAAGUUUCCGAGGACGAGGAGAAGAAGAUGGCCGCCACUUUUAGAAAGAAAUUUCAACCGUACGACUUCAACUUGAGCUAGUAUCGAGAUGGAACUCAAACCGUGAAUGAACAAUGCGACAUCGGUUGCCGCUUGAUUUUUCACACAAGAUGUUCUCCAAGGACCAGCCGAUGCUGAAACACAGACUAACACGUACAACACGCGUGCCCCUGUACAGCUUAUAGCAGAACAAUAUCCCAAAGCGCACUGCAUAAAGGAACGAUCAUUUCAUAACUACUGUAGUGUUUUCUCCGAAGUGAAUAUCAAAGCCUUAACGUGCUAGUUUUCUUUCAAGUUGCGUUUAGUUUUGGUCAAAGAUACUCAUUGUGGUGAAUAUCGUAGGACUAGGAACCCAUCUGAAUUGUUGAUUGGGAUAUUUAGCAAUUGUUCCACGAGCGCGCGUUGGAUAUGAAAUGAUACAUAGCCAACGAGGCGUGUAGCGCCGAGUUGGCUAUAAUAUC